ACCCUUUGACAUCAGCCCACGUAUGCGCCCGAUAAGACCCACAAAAGAUGUGACUAUCUUUCGACAAUGAAAGCCACGAGCAAGCAUUUCUACAAAAUCCCUAUAGAGAUGCAAAAAUCAUCGCUCGUGACUCGAGAUAUAUUGCCAUGCAAUGUCAUUCCCACUGAACUACGCAGACGUGCAGCCUCUCGCUCAGGCUGCGCAGGGCGAGCAACAGACAAGAUCGAACCAAGAACUGAUCUUCGACACUCGAAAACAGCUGCAAGACUUGUCAAAAGCUCAGGAGAAAUUGGCAAAAGCCCGAGAACGAGUACUCAUUCAACGAGAGAACGUCAGAGCAUCUGCACAAAAGAUUCGAGAGAAGCGGGUUAUAGCUGGCGAUGCCGAGGCAGUUUUCAUGAAUUCUGUCCGCCAGUAUGCGAAUCAAAACAACGGCAACGUGUUAGCAAUCGUGACAGAUCAUACACAUGUCGAAAUGGCACGAAAUGAACUUGGGGUUUUAGAGGCGGACCAUCUCCAGGCUGAAGGCGCCCUCACCGGUGCUGAGUGGAACUUCAUGGUUAUGGAAAAUGAGUUUUACCAGUUUGAUAUCCAGGAGCUCAUUUCUCAGAUGAUCGACCUCCAACCCCCUAGUACGGCUACGGCAAAUCCACUCCAUAUGCCUCCUCCUCCUCCGCCACCACCGCCCCCAAAUUUCAUUCCUUCUUUUCAACCUUUCUCACCCCAGUAUCCACUUCCUCCUCCUCCGUCUCAUCCACCAACGCUGUCGUCACCAACAUACGACCAGUUGCCAUCGAUAAAUAGAGAUCACGAUGCGGCUGUUGCUGAGCUUGAUGAACUGAGGAAGGAGUUCGAUAUCUUGCGUCACGAGCAAGCUAGACGCAUCGAUGCAAGAAGUGGUGGUAUACUGUCCAAGGAUGGAGAAACACUCGAGGAUGCGUCUCCUUCCGAUUUUGAGGCCGUGUAUUUUGACGUUCUGGGGAGGAUGGCCCACCGCGAAGUUGACGCACAACGGCUAAAGGAAGAUUUGGUGCAGCAUGAGCUCGAGGCAUCAGCUAUACGAAGACGCAACUCUGAUUCAUAUGAUAUCCAAAAGCAAAUACCGUUUACCUCGUACCCUAUGACACGGGCCUUAACCGAAAGUGCAAUCCCGAUACUAUCUGGAGAUCCCUCGGUGAGGCAAAGGAUACAAGACUGGCUUCUGAAAGAUCUAAAGGAGAACGCUGUGUAUAGGAAUCUCUAUCUGAACACGCUCCAUAGUGUUGGGAUCCAAGCUGAAAACGAUGGAUUGCUUGAAGACUGGGCAGCGAGAAAUUGGGGUGCUGAUAGCUCAGGUGCACAUAUGCAGGAUGAGAUCGAAGACAUACCCACCGAAACCCGACCUGCUGGUUAUAUAGACAACCUCGAGUGUGGAAGAGUACUGGAAACUUACAUUUUCGGCCGAACAGAGGGAUGCGACGACGGAACUCAUGCAAUCACUGAGGAACCGUGUUAUAUUCCUUUGCCUCUAUCUUCCAAAACGACUUCCGAAGAUGCCACCGAAACUGAAGAUCAUAAUGCCACCCCCCUCAUUGUUGGCUCGGCGGUUUCCGACCUACAUGUCUCAACCGAUGACAAGUUCGCAGCAGAAUUAUCGAAAUUUCGACCAGAAACAUUUGAAAUAUCUUCCCACCCACAAUCGGCAAUACGCAAAGACAGCCAUCAUGGUUAUGAUACAAUUGAUUGUCAAUUACCAGAUGCUAGCAAUUACGACGAAUACCACAACCUUGACAAGGACAGAGUGCACCCUCGGGAUAUACCAAGAGGGCCAGAGACCUACGAUGGAGCAGAAAUACCGACCAUCACUGUCACGGAGCCACAAAAGAUUCCAUUCAUCGAAAACGCGCACUUGGAAACUAGGGAAACUCCACCACAAACCGCAGUUUUCAUGUCAGCUCGCCAUUCAACACAAGUUAAGAACACAGGAACAGACUUCGAACCCGCUUGUAUCCACGAAAUUCGCGUGAACGUAACUCCAGUAAUACCUCGUUCAAUAUCUCUACGUAGCGAACGGUCCAGAAGUUCUCGUACUCGAGUCCGUGAACUCCUUUUCAAGAAGCGACAGCGUAGUCAGAGCACAGGUGCAACGCUCGGUGCUAAUGACACGAUGUACACUUGGGAGCAUCGAAGACGGGAUGUCCAGCUCGGAGAAGCUUUUCGGGGGCUAUAAGUUCUGCUGUGGAAGGAGGAAGUCAGUUUAAGACAGCGCUUGGCUUUUAACACUCGAGUCAGUUACCCCAAAGGCCCCCAGGUCCGCGCUGCUGGCAUUAGUGAGUAUUCACUUAGUUUUGUCCUAGUGUCAUCGGGAUACUUUGAACCGGAAGUAUACUCAUUCAGAGUUAUGACGUAUCCUUAUUGGAGACUUUUUCCUUUUCGUACGCCCGUGUUCUCAAAGAUUUGGCAUUUCAUCACAGCAAUUUUGACGCACGGAGUUUCAAAUCAACAUUUGCUUAUAUAGCAUGGGGUACAUCUUGGGGUGAUCAUUUGGUGUUUGGGGUCUACAUUGAUACUGUUUUAUUAGGUUGUUCAGACAACUCUCAGAGCAGCUUUUAAAUAUUUAUUCUAGAUUUAGUGUAACG